CAAAAACAGUGGAAAAUGAAAAUCUCAUGGGGUAAGAACAGAAUUCCAAAACAUAAAUAUUUACAAAGAAAUUGAAUUCAGAAUUUUCUGUCUCCCUGUCUCUCUCAGCAUCGCUUUUUUAAGACGCAGCGUUCUAAAACCCUAACCGAUUAUUUUUAGGGUUUGUACAAAGAGAGGUUAAUAGUAUGUUCUUAAGAUUUGGUGUCGUUGCGACAUUGUGAUGCAACUUGUUUAUGAGCUCGUAGUUAAGGGAGCUCGGAUAGUAAGUUCUAGUUAAAGAGAAUGUAUGGAAGAACGUCAGGUCUUGAUAGGUUUAAGAAAGCCGAGAGUUUGGAACCGUUUUCUGUUAUCAAUUCGUCUUCCAGAAAUGUUGCUCAGUCCUCUAAUAAGGUAGCUGCUUGGCCGUCACAGUCUCGGAAUUCUGUACACCAAUCUCAUCAUCAACAGCAACAGCAACAUGCUUCUAACAAAGCUGUGGGAGUUGAGGCUGCCCCGUUGUUGGGACAGAAUCAACACGCAACUCAGAUUGGAGGUGGACAGUCGAUGUGGCAGCCGCCGGAUUGGGCGAUUGAGCCGAGGCCGGGUGUUUUUUACUUGGAAGUUAUGAAGGAUGGUCAGGUGCUAGAUCGGAUUAAUUUGGAUAGACGGAGGCAUAUCUUUGGGAGGCAAAUUCAGACUUGUGAUUUUGUGCUUGAUCAUCAAUCUGUCUCACGCCAACAUGCUGCGGUCGUUCCUCACAAGAAUGGGAGUGUAUAUGUAAUUGAUUUGGGAUCUGCACAUGGUACCUUUGUUGCAAAUGAGCGAUUGACCAAGGACUCACCAAUUGAGUUUGAAGUGGGACAAUCACUGCGGUUUGCUGCAUCCACAAGAAUAUACGUAUUAAGAAAGAAUGAUGCAGCUCUUUUUCCUCGUCCUCCACCACCCACGGAGAUUAAUUUCCCACCACCUCCCGACCCUUCUGAUGAAGAAGCUGUUGUUACUUAUAAUACGCUGCUGAAUCGUUAUGGCAUCAACAAGUCUGAUCUAGUCAAAUCCAAUGAGCUUGGUGGUUCAGCAAGUGGCCAAAACAAGGAUUGGCAAUCAGAAAGAGCUGCUAAGAGAAUUAAGAAGGCAAGAGUUUCCUUCAGGGAUCAAGUUGGGGGGGAAUUAGUUCAGGUUGUUGGAAUAUCAGAUGGUGUAGAUGUAGAAACAGAACCUGGUCCAGUUGGUGUUAAAGAAGGAAGUCUUGUUGGUAAAUAUGAAUCUCUUGUACAGAUAACUGUAAUUCCAAAGGGGAAAGAGCAGUCCUCUGUUAAGGAGACAGAUUCAUCCCAAAAAGGUGUGACUGAUAAGCUACAAGAAGUCUUAAAAAAGAUCAAAAACCCCGUUAAAACUGGGAUUUAUGAUGACCUUUAUGGAGAAUCAUUAUCUGUCAAAGUUGGAUCAGCAUGGGCAUACCCACCUAUUAGUAGUGGUGCGCAAGCUCAAGCAGCUAAGGAGAAUGGAAAAGAGAAUACAUUAAGUGGAAAAUCUGACAGUAAUCCAAGCAAUGCUGAUGAGGAUGAUGAUGAUGAUGACUUGUUUGGGUGAGACUAUUGAACCUAUGCAGACAACAUUUUGGAAUAGAUUUGUGGUAUUUUUUGAGUUCGACACUUUUACAUGGUAGGUAGGGAGUUGAAAACAUGCAUAAUAUUAUGUUGCACGCAUUCUUAUCAUCUGGAAUUACCCUUCCAUUGUGUCCAUAAUUAAUGUUUACCACCGCAAACUCUACAAACUCUGAAAAGAUUGCAGGUUCAUGAUUAAA